CUCGUCUCAUCAAUGCAGCUUUCAUUCUCCCUCGGUGGGGCAAGAUGGGAGCUGUACAAAAGGACCACUGGUACUUCGUGGUACUCAUCUUUCUUCCUUUUCUCAAAGUUGCUGUCCAGCAGAUAGAGGCGGCUACAGUCCGUCUGGAGGAGGGGAUGGUUCUCGACUGUUUGUGCCCCUGGGACGGCAACCUCAGCAUGGUGUCCUGGACCAAAGUACCAGACAAGAAUCCGGUAGCUGUUUUCCAUCCAGAGUUUGGAGUGGCCUUUUCUCACCAUUACCGGGAGAGGAUAGAGUUCCUGAGGACCACACCUAUGGAUGGAAGUAUUUCUAUGAGGAACGUCACACACCAGGAUAUUGGGGUUUACCACUGCUCUGUUCAGACCUUCCCACAAGGCCCUUGGACAAGGACCAUUCAGGUGGAAGAUUUAGAUGAGCCCCCAGAAGAAGACAACAGCACAGAGCCCCCCACCCCAGAGGUGAUCAAGACGGACACAGAGUUGUCGGCAGAGCAGGACAACAACCAGACCAUCAGCUGUAACCACGAACACAAUGGCACCGUCUACCAGGUCAUUUUGGAGAAGAUGCCACAUGGCCAGCCCUGGGGCAUUAUCGGAGUGUGUAAAAAGGUGGAGGGGGGUCUGGUGAGUGAGGACUACAGCGACAGAGGCCGGGUGAGCUGUGCAGACAGCCUGGAUGUCACUCUGCAUCUGACAGGUGUGGUGCCGGAAGACGGUGGUUUCUACCGCUGUACCUUCAGCACAGAUGCAGGGGUACGGACGACCACUGUGCUACUUACUGUGCCCCCUCCAGGUGGAAUCAGUUUAUCUGUGUACAUGAUGUACAUUUACAUUGGUGCUGGAGCUGCUGCACUUAUUUUACUCAUUGUCAUCAUCAUAGUAGCAGUGAAGCACAGGAAGAAGAACAGGAGAAAGGAGUACAGAGUCAAACUGCACCCGUCUCAGAGACAGCCAAACUUCUAUGAGAACGUCUCUGUGUGUCCCAGGAUGGCAACGAAGUCCAGGCAGAUAAAAAAUUGCCCGGUCUAUGCCAACCUACAGACUGUGCGAUCACACAAAACCAAACGUUAUAAAUGAACAUAUAUAAAUAUGACGUACUGCAUAAUGUGUAGUUUUUCACAAACACAGAUGAUGCAUGUACAGUGGCAUCAGAAAGUAUUCAGACUCUUUCACUUUAUGCAUUAUUUUUGUUGAUGUCAUUUUAGAUGUAUACAUUUCCAUUUUUGCCCAUUAAUCUGCACCAGUAAUGACCAAGUUAAAACAUGUUUUUAAGAAAUUUUUGCAAAUUAUUAAAGAUUAGUGGUGUUUUUUGUUUGUUUGUUUGUUUUUUUUUGUCCUGACAUGCAGUGUCAAUUUUGGGACCAGCUUAAAAACACAGCAGUGUGCCUUUCUAAACUGCACGCAUAUUCAAUCAAUUCAAUUUGCCACUGAUGGACUCCAAUCCAGCUCUAGACAUAUUUCAAGGAUGAUUAGGAUGCACCUGACUGCAACUUGGAGAGCACAGCACAUGGUCUAAUUGUAAAUCUGAGAUUACCAUUUCUUUAUUUUUAUUUAAUUUACAAAAAAUUCUAAAAACAUGUUUUCACUUUGACAUUAUGGGUUAUUGAGUGUAGAUGGGCAAAAAUUGUAUUUUUUUUCUAUUUAUAAUUAAGUCUACAAUACAAUAAAGUGUCCAGUGACGGAUUCUGAAUAUUUUCUGAAGCCAGCGCUAAUAUGAGCUAAAAUAAAACAUAUAUUGAUACGUGCUGAUUAUAAUUAUUUUUUAAUAAGAUGCAGGGAUCACACUGGCAGUGAUUAAUAUUCAUCCUGUGGUUUGAAAUGAGUUAACAAGCUGCUGCUCAUGUAAGUCUCAGAGAGCUGACGAGUUUGUUUGUGUCCAACCCUGCUCCCAUUAAUUAAAUGUAGUAUGUACUUCAUAAUUACUGUUGAGGAAAUAUUUGUUUUGGGCAAAACAAUAUUUGACAGUAAGCGUCAUGCAGAAAGAGCAGACAAAGGCCUGUAUAAUCAUUCUUUUCACUUCCAUAACCCCUGAGUAAAACGAUUGACAAAAGCCUGUGUAAUUGCUCUCCUUUUACUUUCAUCCCUCCUGGUUUCCAUUCAAAAGCUUGACAAUGGUGUCUAAUCAUCUAACGGAAAAGAAAAGCAGUCACUCAGCACUGUACCAUCACUUGAGACUGUUGCUUUCCCCAAAGGGCUUUCUGUCUGGGAUGGCUGCAUUCUAGUUACAGCGCGCUCUUAUUAUGAAAGCUAAACUCUAAUUAGAUAAUCCUGUGCUUCUGUUUAUAUCUCCUUAUACUUUGUCUUUCCACUGUUUGUUGAUGAAUGUGUUGGUUCUUUUUUUUUUUUUUUUUAACUCUGCGUUUUAUGUAAUUAAAAAAAAAAAAGAAGUCAUUUUUAUGAUAAGCUGUCACAAGUUUUCCAAGUUGUAUUAUAUUAUUUUUAUGAUUUCUAAGAUUGCCUGUGUGCCUCUGCAAAUCAAUAUUUAAGUUUUAUGGUCCUACUCUCAAGCUGUGUGUUGUUUAUGUUUAAUGUGAUUCAUUUAUCUCCAUAGAAAUGGAGGCAGUGGCUGAGGCACUAAUGGAUAUGCAGGCUAGAAAAC